AAAACAAGUCUAGUAAUUUUAAAAAUCACUGACCAAUCUCGCCGUUCCGAGAGUCUAGGACCGAACACAGUUCAGUUUUUGAUCGUUCUGCGUAUACUCCUCCCGUUUACCUCUUCCCAAUGUGAACGCGUGCGCACAGAGUCACUGAUGCGACGCCAAGCCGCUUCAGCCGCAUCGUCCAAAGCGAUCUAUAGAGAGCUCGAAGUGUGUGCAGUGAAACAUAGUUUUUGUGAAUUCCGAAAAUUCCGACUUUUUCCAAGUAUUGAAUAUUUCCUUGUGCUUAUUGUAUUGUGGAUUUGGAAAUGGAGGAAGAAUCUGGAAAAUCUAUUAUGUCUCCAACAAAAAAAAACACAUCGGGAAAGUUCGUCGGAUCUUCACAGAAAAUGACAAUUAUAAACCUUUACAAACAUAUGACCAGCGAAAAUCCAACUCCAAAAUAUAAACCCAUGAUAAAGGAGCUAUCGAAGCAAACGGGAAUUGGUAAAACAACAAUAGAGAGGACGAUUUCUGAAUAUAAAUCUACAGGCAGAGUAACCUCACCAAACAGAAAGAAACCGCGCGUAAAAAUUUUUCAAAAAUUGUCUGACGAAGAAAUACUUGGUAUACGCAAGAAGGUACAUGAUUUUUGGUUUUGUCGAGAAAUUCCAAACAUGAGAAAAGUAUGGGAAGCUGUAAAUGAUGACCCGGAGCUCCCGUCCUUGAGUGAGUCGUCCGUGUAUCGGAUAUUAAAGCAAUUGGAAUUCAAAUGCAUGAUUCGUUGGCGCAAUAACGCUUUAAUCGAGAAGGACUACAUUGUCGCCUGGCGGCAACACUACAUUGAGGAUAUUCAACAAUAUCGAUCAGAAGGGCGUCCGAUAUAUUAUUUAGAUGAAACUUCGAUUAACGUUGGAGAUUGUAGACGAAAAAUUUGGGUUGGCACAGCAGCUACCUCAUCAACAAACACGGCAAAAAGCGCACUGUCGAUAGGCAAUCCUAAGACCUCUUGCAAGAGAGACCGGUUGAUUAUUGCACACGUCGGGUCGUCAGACGGAUUUCUACCUGGAGCACUCCUUUGUUGCCAAUCCAAAACAGAUUCUGACGAUUAUCUCAAGGAAAUGAACGGCGAUACAUUUUUUACGUGGUUCAGAAAGAUUUUGCUCAUGCUAAAAGAUCGGGCAGUUAUUGUGAUGGACGAUGCUCCAUACCACAAUAUGAAAAUUGAAAAAUAUCCAAAUUUAGGUUGGAAGAAAAACGAUAUAAUUACGUGGCUGAUAGGUAAGGGGGAAAAGCUGCAGUCUGUACACUAUGUAAAGGCGCAAUUACUUAAAUUAGUGGAGAAGCAUAAGCGCCCGAACGACAAAAAUUAUGUCGUUGACGAGUUUGCAAAGCAGUUUGGACAUACUGUAGUACGCCUUCCCCCUUACCACUGGGAAUUGAACCCCAUUGAAUUGGCAUGGACAGAAAUAAAAGAAUACAUCCGAACUCAAAGUACAAUGUACAAGUUUCCAGAUGUUGAAUACUUAGUUGAAGCAGCCGUGGAAAAUGUGACCGCCGAGUCAUGGCAAAAUUUAAUCAAGCAUACAACGGAAGUAGAAAAUAAGUUCCGUCAGCUUGACUACAUCACGGACGAUAUGUUAGACGAAGGUGACCCCUGGGUGGAUAAUCAGUCCGAUGAUUCCGGCGGAAGUGAUUCCGAAACUGAAUAAUACCAUAUAAAAAACCUUCACAUUUUUAUACAUAUUAUUUGUUAAUAUUUAAAUAUUCCUAUUACAUUCAUGUAUAUUUCUGGAAAAUAUUAAAUGUUUGAUUAUUUUACGUAUGCAAA